CUAUCCAAAUCAUAAUCUGAACUGCACUGAUUAAUGAGUGUGGCUGGAUCUGUCUUAGCAGUGUCUGAGUUUGACAGGAUUUCUGUGUUUAUUACAUUAGCUACACUUGCUGAAUCCACCCUGAUGUCUAUUUUAGGACCCGUUAUAAUAUUACUCUGUGCCUUGCACACUUUAAUUGCAACGGUCUCGUCCCGUCCACUGCCACAAUGUCAAUGAGAGCUGAACGAAUUUAUGAUUAAUGCUGCAAAGCAAUCGUGUCUGCGAUAGACAUGCAGCCUUUAAAGAAAACUAAGGAGGGUCCAUCAACUCCUAAGGCAGUCUCUAAGCAAGCCCCGAAGCAAUCGUCCAGAGACGUGGUGCCAGUCCGUCGUCCAUCACCUGUGCAGAACGUGAGCGAGGAGGAGGACCCGUGGUUUGGAAUCACACUAAAUGGCUGCCUGUUGGUGGCAGCUGUCAUCUUAGUGAUUAGCUCGAGUAUCCAGUGUGUCAAUGAGGCUCUGGAGCCUCUCUGGUGGGAAGAGGAUGAAGCUGGACUCCUAAACGGAAACCAUGACAUAACUCCAGACAGCACGGAAGAACAGCAUGAGAGUUCUCUGUGGAACAGUCUGUUCUGGUGGAACAGGGCAUCAGAAGAUAACGACGACGACACCGAAGAAGAGGAACGACCGAGGAAGCGGCAAGCCAAGGAGAAGGGACCUUCGCGUGGCGAAUUUGUGAGGGUGAGACACAGGGACAGGUCUCGGAAGGGCCUCAUUUUUGAAAACGAGGACGACGAAAUUAGUGAGAAAAGAGGCAAGGAUAAGAGGGGGGGCAGACUGGGUGAAAAGGAGGGUGAGGCGGCAAGAGGCAAAAGAGACAGGAGAGAUGAGUGAGCGACAUCACUCACAGGAGUGAAGUGAGCACGAACGUCAUGGCGUCUAGAUGAGGAAGAAACUAGACAGUCCUCCCUCAUAUUUAGUGUGAAUCUAUUAUUGUCUCAUCUAGCUGACGUUUGAAUCUAAAGCAAUAUACAGUUUUGCUCAGUUUAUUUAGCUUUAAAGCUAUUAUGACAUUUUACAGGAGGCAUUUACAUUAGGUACAUUGCUUUAAAAUCUACAACGGGGCACAAAACAGAACUAAAAUAUACGUAUUCAUUAUUACAUUGCAUAAUAACAUGAUAAAUAUGGUUUGAUUUAAAAAUUACAAUAUAUUGAUGCACAGAUCAGAGGAAAUGGGUGAUAUAUUUCAUUGUAGCUUCCUGGAUGCCAGGCUGGUGUGGGAGGUCUUUCUUUUUAUAAGUUUCUAAAAUGAUUUAUUUAUGAACAUUUUACUCAUUUUUUGAUAUAUUUUCUGGCCUCAGAUAAUUAACUCCUGGUUUACUUGAGACUUCACACAAACUGAAUACAAUGUAGGGCAGAUGAGAGCUAAAUAACGAGGUUCUCACUUGUACAAAAAUAAGAUUAUGAUCAGAAAAAACAAAAAACAAAAAAAAAAACACAUGAAGUUGAUGUCGCUGUAGGUGUUCUCAGAAAUAUAUACCUCACGAGGACCACAUUAUCCCAGAUACACUCACCAUCACUGAUUAUAUGAUCGGGGUUCCUUUGGGUUCAGAUGCCGGAAGAUUUUCCAGAUUUCUUGACUUUCCACCACUGACACUGGACCAGUGAAUAAGCAUUAGUCCAGAUGUAUCAUCAGUAGCAAGACACCUGGAUUGUGAACUAACUUCAAUACAUUUUGUGUGCUCAUAUGUACACGUGUGGACAUAUGUAUUCAUACAUUAUCUACAGCAUGACAACUGAGAUUUCAAGUAGGAAAGUUUCAUGGUUCCAAAACUGUAUUUGACUGUAUCCUAAACAAUGUGAGUGGAAAGUAAGCCUGACAUCACGUCUGCUUGAAAAUAUUGGUCAAAUAUGUCUUUGAGGUUUGGUACUGAUAAUGAUGCUAAUAUAAUGUGUACUGUUUACUAGACUUGGAUUGAAUACACUGUAUUUCUAAACAAACUUGUUCCAUUGAGAUGUUUACAAAGACAAUAAAUACAAAAACACUGUCUGGAAAA